ACAGAGAACGAUAUGUCUCUGCCGGGACAAAAUUCAGAAAAACUUCCAAAAAGUGGCGAUCGAAAUGUAAUUGAUCCACUUCACGGUGUAAAAGCAAGCGUUUCCCCUCCAUUUUCGCCAAAUGUGUCAGUGCCUAGAACUUUACUUGCAACGCACCUUGAACGCCAGAAGAUAUCCUAUACCAAAGACAGAAAUAUCUUACGAACAACUGAAGAGGACAGAAAGAAUAAAAACAUUUUGAAGGAUAAAAUCAAGAAUGAAGCGAAGAAUGAAAUCAAAGGCGAAAUCGAGGAUGAAGUCAAAGAUGAAAUGAAAAACGAUGAAAAGGUACUUUUGGAUGAAAACGAAUUUUGCGAUCUGAUAACUUGCAGGAAAGAAACAUCUGAAAAUGUAGAUUCAGAUGCAAAUGGAAUUUGCGACUCGAUGACUUGCACGAAAGAAAAAUUUCAGAAAGUAGACAAAUAUAGAGAAGUAAAUUUGGAUUCGAACAGAGAUUGCAUUUGUUCUGAAACUUGUGACAAUUUUUCAGAAACACGCACGAAGCAUGAUAGAGACGACAAGAUCUCUCCUACGAAAUUAACAGAAAUAAUCAAUAGCUCGAUCAAAGAAGCGAUGCAGAAUAUCGUGAAGCAAUGUAAAAUGGUAUUUAAGAUGCAAGUAUCCAGGAUACUUCAAUUUUUUACCACAUUUUUAUUGUCAGUGCACGCGCAAACAAAAUGAAGGAAAUUAUUAUUUUAAUGUAUUAUGUAUUUUGCGUUUUAAAAAGCAGAAAGAAGAACAAGAUGCCGAUAAGAAGCCAAAAGAAGAAGCUAACUUUGAUAAAGUUUGCUACGUAAAUAAGGAAGGAAUUCUAGUAAAAAUGAAGCACGAGCAUCGACCACGUACCACUCGGAAUAGUUCAACGAUAGAACGAUUACGUAAAAAUAACGAGCAGCUCGAUAAUCGUUUAAAAUCGAAUCGUCUUCGAGAAAAAUAUAAUAGCGUACGUACGAAUAUUAGAAAAUUACAGGAGGAAAAAGGAAAACGUCAGAGUAAAAAAGAUAACGCGUUCGAAGAAGUAAAGAAAAAGAGGCACUCAAGAUCAUUAAACAAUGUAAAAACUGAUAAUCGUAGGAUGACUGGAAACGUGAACAUUUAUAUCUGUUCGGAAGCCAGUGAAAAUAUCCAAGCAACUAGUAAACAAGAUAAAUCUCAAUCAUGCACGGAAUCAUGCUCAGAAACGACGACGGAACAGUCAAAAGUUUCAUCGAGCAAACUUGUCACUUCAAUUCGGAACAAGCGCAGAAAAUUUCAAGAACAGGAUUCGAUCGAUCUUCUUGUAAAAAGUGAACAAAGUAACGAUGACAGCACUACCUAUAGUUCAGGCCCAUACGGAGAUUCCAAAAACACGCUGAAAGUAGAAAGCUGUAAUUUUAUCGACGUCUAUGACAACCUUGAUAAGGAUGACAACCGUGUAAGCACUGACUCUGUUUCGACCGAAUGUGGAUGCAAGGACAUCGAUAAUAGCGAUACUCUCAUGACAAUUGAUAAGUCAGACUUGUCGUUUGAAAAAUCGAAAUUUGUUAUAUGCGACAAAAUAGAGAAACCUUGCUCCACGAUUUAUACAACGAAGACCUUGACAGACUCAGAGAGCGACGGAUGGUCAUCGAAAUCGAUUUGCAGCAGUCGAAAUACAGAUGUAUGUAUUUCAUCCGACGCUUGGUCAGUAGAGCCUAAUUUAAAUUAUCGUAUUAACGAUAGCGAACAUCGUACAUUGCCUAUAAAAGCUCGUGAAAGUAUAUGUAAAUAUCGUAAAAGAGAUCAAGGACUAAUUGAUAGGUCUAAUCUGCGAUGCAGUUGUAAAAGCAGAAGACCUUACUCUAAGACAGUAAACAAAGAAUCAUGGAUGACUUGUAAUUGUAUAACAGAGGAAGAAGAAGAUGUAUGCGUCGAUAUGAAGACUAUCGAAAAGUUUGAAAAGCCAACUGUAAAAGAGAAAGAAACAACAACUACUUGUCGCAAACCUUCAGAAGAUUUAAAAGAAACGACGACGUUUGUACCAUGCCCAAGAUAUUCUGUGGAUUUACCGGAACGUAUAGAGAAAUUAAAGGAAGAACCUGCUGAAAAUAUGAAAGUCAUGGAAAAAGAAAAGGAUACGAAAGACUUACCCGAGGAAGAAAAGAUACCUAUUGUACGAGAAAAAAGCGAGAAACCAGGAGAAACUCUACUUGACAUGCCGAAGUUUGUCCCAUCAAGAACAAUAAGACCUGAAGUAAUUGUACUGAAACAGUUGUUGAAACAACCUAUACAACCAAAACCUGUAGGAAUUAUUGAUAUUUUGCCAAUUCCUGUUAUGAAAACAGAUAUUUUGGAAAAAUCGACGAAAGAUACGGUUGAUUUAAAACCUGAAAUCCAUGUACCGCCGACUAUUUCUAAACAAUACAAGUUGCGUAAGGAAUAUAGCAAACUUGAACCCAAGCAACUAGCAAUUGAAGAGAAACGAAAGUUGUCUCAGGAAAAAGAUGAAGAAAUAUUGAAAGAGGAAUCAGCGGAAAAAAGAUUGGAAGAUGAAACGUUAGAAGAGAAAGACAAAGGCAAAGCUAAAGAUACGAGAAAAGCUGAAAAGAGAACAUUAGAAGAAAAAGACGAUAGCGAAAUGAAAGAUACGAAAAUAGUAGAAGAGAGGGAGUUAAAGAAAGAAGACGAUAGCAAGAUUAUAGAUACGAAAAAAGCAGAGGAGAGAGGAUUAAAGAAAGAAGAUGACAGAAACAUUGAAGAUAUCAAAAAAGUAGAGGAGAAAGAAUUAAAGAAAGAAGACGAUAGCAAAAUUAAAGAUACGAAAAAAGCAGAGGAGAGAGGAUUAAAGAAAGAAGACGACAGAAAAAUUAAAGAUAUGAAAAAAGUAGGGGAGAGAGAGUUAAAGAAAGAAGACGACAGCAAAAUUAAAGAUAUGAAAAAAGCAGAGGAGAGGGAGUUAAAGAAAGACGACAACAGAAUUAAAGAUACGAAAAAAGCAGAGGAGAGAGAGUUAGAGAAAGAAGGCGACAGCGAAAGCAAAGACACGAAAGUCAUCCAACAAAUAUUGAGACCAUCGCUUCUUUUCAAAGGCUUAAAAAUGAUUACAGGUAGAACAGAACGCCCAGAACCAAAGCCUGAAGGAUUCGUGGAACCUGCAUCGCCUGAUAUUAUUAUCGAUAAAACUGUUAAAAUUCCCGAAAUAGAAACUAGCGAAUUACCAGAGAAAUCUAAAGACGAUACAAAAUCUAAAUUGUUCACAUAUAUACUGAAAAAAAUACCUAUACCGACAGAAGUACCUAUACCGACGAAAAUACCUACGCUAAAGAAAAUACUUAUACCGAAGAAAAAUGAUAAACCUGAAUCGAGUACAGAUAAUUCAGAAAAGCAGUCUGUAAACGAGGAAAAUAAAAAUAACAAUAAAAAUCCGAAUAUAGCUAAUUCAACGAAACCGCCUGUAUACGAAGAAAAUAAAAAGAACAAUAAAGACGAUCCUGCUUCCAAUCCUUCGCGAUCCACCAAAGAAAAAAUAAAAAAUAAUGCAGAACAUAAAAUAAAUUCUAAUGUCAGUAAAAAAAAUCCAAAUAAAUCAAAUUUAUUAAUUGUCACUAAUAGCAAAAAUUCGGCUGUUUCGCCAAUUCAAAAUGUUGCUAUUGAAUUAGGAAACCAAGGAAAUCCUAAAAACGAUAAAAAAAUAUCUGAAACUCAAGACAUGCCUAAAAAUCGCGAAAUUCAUGAAUCGUUGACGAAGCCACAGCUUGAGAAGGGAAUCGACGUUGAAGAAGAAAAAGAACUUGAACCGCAGAUUACUAAAACUCAAGAAGACAAGUCAGGUGAAGAAAUGAAUGUUAUUGUGCAUUCUGAAAAAGAAUCUAUCGCGGUAUCUACGCAACCUGACAAAUUCGACUCUCGUAUGAUAUGUAGAAACGCGAACCCAAGUUACACAAGGCAUACGGGUGUUACCGAUUAUACUACAACCGAAAAAAGCACAUGCAAUUGUUAUUAUUUACCGAUGCGUCAAUGCAAUAACGAACCUAUAAAUUAUCCUAAAAGUUGCUUAAAAAAGGAAAGAUCGUGUUAUCAUACUAUUUCUCAAGAAAGUAAUCGUGCGAUUCCAUACCGUGAUAAGAAAACCUGGGAGGAGUGUAGUUGUAGAAGAAUAAUUCCUUGCAACAAUUUUUGUAGAUCACGGAACGAAUGCAGUUGUAGAUUGAUGGUAAACUGCGUAAACUGUUACAAACCUCAAAAUAAAUGCAACUGUAAAUUAAUUUACGAAAGGAAGAGCAGUAGUGGGUACAUGAAAUCGAUGUUUUGUCUUUAUUGCGAUAAACCUCGCGACAAAUGCACGUGUAUGGCGAUGGCACGAAAAUGUUCGUACUGUGAACUGCCCAUAGAUAUGUGCUUGUGUAAGGAGCAGAAAACAAUUUGCGAUGGAAGACCGGUCCUGACCGAGUCUAAUAACGAUCGCACUAUGUACGUUACUGCGUGGAAGCCUAGAGAAGAAGUACGACGUUACUUUUCUAGGAAUUUGACCGAUCUUAAAACCGAUUCCAUCAAUGAAUGCUGCUGCUGCGAGAAGCUUAAGCAGCAUAACUCCGAUGACCUUCCUUAUCAACGAUUGAGCGUUUUUUCUGACGUGAUGGAUGAAUUGCAGCAAAAAAUAAUCGAAUCUACGUGUUGUGCGCGAUGCCAAAAAGCUCCUUGCUGUUGUAAUGUUAGUGUAGACAGAGAUGAGAGAAGAGAAGAUAGGAAGAUAAAGUAUUGUAUCAGCCCUAAAACACGACGGAAGAUUAUCGCCGUAUGUAUGGAAAAAGCGAAAAAUAAAUCAUUGAAUAAUUGCAAAUACGAGUCUAAUCACGCAAAGAGCGACAAACAGAAAAAAGUAUUGGUAGCCCUUUGUUGUGUUUGCAAAGCAACACCCUGUAGAUGCAAGAGAUCUAAGCCCAGUCAGAAAAAGCUGAAAGCGAAAUGUUAUUAUUGUAAAAAUUCACCGUGCAUCUGCAUUGCGGCCAGAGAGCGCAACAAGUCGAGGCCAUGCAGGUGCACUGAUUCACCUUGCCGUACGAAAGAGAAGGAAAGCACAUCGUAUGGAAAAACAUCUACGAAACCGAAGAACAAUGACGAAAAGACAAUUUGCGUGCACUAAUGUGACACCUGUCGUUACUUGACUUACAAUUUGGAAUACAAUGUCAAUUGGAGCAAACUACCGCUCAGGAUUUUUAAACAAAAGCCAACAAACGAUUUGCAUCUUUCGAAAUUUUUGAAAAUGAACCCCUUCUUCAUAGUCUUCGAUAAUAUCUUUAUACAUAACAAAAUUUAUUUGAAUUAUAUUGUUAAGAGCGUUCUACGAACAACGGUUCAAACGAUUCUGCUGCACUCGCAAUUUUCAUUUUUCACAAUGAAAAGCAGCAUUUUUAUUUAGCUGAUAAUCGAACGUAUCUUCCUCCUACUUCUCUCUCUACAGAAUUUUUAUGAACAUUUUCCAGUGUCAUUUCUUUUCCUUUCUUUUUCAAAAUUGAUCAAGGUAUAUAAUACUGUCGAGGAUUUAACUUUAACGUUUCAAGUAUGUUUACACUAUAAUAUGUUUCAGUUUGUUGCAUUUUACUAAAUCAUUCCCUCUUAUGUGUAUAUAUAUAUAUAUAUAAUCAUAAAGAAACAAGGUAACUCUGUUUUAGUUACGAUAAAACAUUUGACAUAUUGCAAAACGCUCUGAUUACGUAGCAAUAGUUAGCAUAUUAACGGAACGAAUAUUUCAUUUUGUAAAUUAUAACGGAUAUAACGAUAUAACAACAUAGUUGUCUUUUUAUGUAACAUAUGUAAAAUAAAAAUUAAAGUCAAAGAUAUUAAACAUUAAUAAACAUUUGCGUAUGUCACAAACGCGUUAAGACAAAAAUAAAUGAACGUAUUAAAUAUGCGUGAUGUAACUGAAAUAUAAAAUAAAUUUAAAUAGAUUAAGCUUCCUUUCUAAUCUUGCAUCUUUCUACAAAAAAAUUGUAUACAAUGUUAAUCGUAAAAUAUACAGCUAAAAAUAAAGCUAAAAUAUAAAGCUAAAAUACAGCUAAAAAAUGUUCACAACAUUACAUUGAGUGUUUUGUUUCUCCACUUUCAUUGAAGAAACAAAAAACAAC